GACACAAAUAAAAGGGUGAGGGCAGUGUCAUCUUGAAUUAUAAUAAGUUAUUGAAUGAGGAAAGAGCUAGAAUGGAAAAAAGAGAGAGAGGUGAUGUCAGAGAUGGUAAAUCUGAAAAGGAUAGUAAAAAAUUAAAGUUUUCAGAUAAUAGAUAUAUUCAUAGCUAUGCAGAAUUAGGUGCGGGAUAUGAUGAUGAUGAUUCGUUUAUAGACAAUACUGAGGCAAAUGAAGAAGGAUUGCCUGAAAAUAUGGACACUAAGUUUGGGGGUUAUUACAUUAAUUCUGGUGAGUUAGAAUUAAAGAAAACCAGUCGGCAAGAAACAUCAUCAUCAUCGGGAAGCUAUGAUUCUAGUGGAAGUGAUUCUUCUUCUGAGGAAGAAGCGAAAAAGCCUACAGUUAAGAAGGAUCCACAAGAUUCAGGUGAUUCCAAAAAACACACUAGUGAUACAGAAGUUAAAAAGAAGGCCAAAGUGAUAAAUGUACCAUUAAGGGAAAAGAAUAACAGUGACAUUGUGUAUUCUAUGUCGGCUUUAAAGUAUUAUGCUCAAUUAGACAAUCAAGACAAUUAGUGAUGUGGACAAUUAUGUGUUUAUAAGAUAUAAACUAUUGUCUUUGUUUUAUAUAAUUAUUAAAUUUUCGGUCAUCCUCCGAUUUUGUAAAGACAACCUGAUCUCCUGCACUGCCAUCUCUGAAGUGUACCUGUAUGUAAAGUUUUUAUAGUAUUAUUCUUAUUUUGGCUAUGUGUUCUGGAUUUGGAGUGUAUAAAUUGACAAAGUUUAAUUGAUUUUAUAUUAUUUGUUACAUAAAUGAUUGUUUUUUACUGAAAAUAUUGUUUUAACUUUUCCUCAUACUUAUAAAGAAAUCUAAAAGUAUUUCUAUGUUGAACCUAUUUAUAUUAAUAUAUUUUUGUUAUUACUUU